AUGAGCAUCGCUGGCGGUGUGAGCUGGGAGGGAGUACUAUUGCCAUUGCGCCACAUCUCCGAGGCCUGGAUUUGGACUACAUGCUUCAUCAUCUAUAUCUCCUUCACAUAUUUCGCAGUCUUGAAUGUUGUGACGGCCGUCUUCUGCAAUUCUGCCAUUGAAUCUGCUCAAAACGACCACGCCACCGUUGUGCAGAACAUGUUGGACAACAAGGAGUCUCACCUGAAGAAGCUGCGCGCGCUCUUCAGCAAGUUCGAUAUUCAGGAAAACGGUGGCAUCACAUACGGCAUGUUCGAGGAGAAGCUAGAUUCUCCAGCCGUUCGAGAGUACUUCGAGACGCUGGGGCUUGAUGUAUGGGAUUCAUGGUCCUUCUUCAAGCUUCUCGACCAAGAUGGCGGGGGCCUGGUGGAGGUGGAGGAGUUCUUCAUGGGCUGCCUCCGGUUUAGUGGGCAAGCUCGGGCCAUGGACGUUGGCAAGAUUAUCCAAGACCAAGGGUGGAUCAUCCGAAACCAGGGCCGCUUUCAGAGUUUCGUGGAGGGCGAGCUGCACAAAAUGCACGAGCAGAUGGCCUCGUUGACUGGGUUUCUCAGCUCCAUCUCGCGCGGCGUCGCUUGCGAGCAGCUCUAA